AUGGACCCUCCGCUGGCGCCAGAGCCCGAAAAUGCGCCCGAUAUUCCCAACGGCAUGCAGCCAGACACCUCGAACGACGAUAACGUCCGCAUCGCAGCCGAUGCGCUCGAGAACAUGCGCUCGACGCCCCUGCAGCACCCACAGCUCUCUAAUGAAACAGAGGCCGGCGCGCGACGAGCAGGCGUGUUCGCGCAGGCAAGGAAUUUGUACGACUAUUCAAAGUCAAACUCGCGACUAGUCUCGUACGGAGCCGGAAUGGUCGAAUCGGGCGUCCAGGCCAUUUCCAGGCCCGUCCUUGACCGCGUCCUUAACUAUGGCCGAUCCGAGCCUGCUCCCGCCCCGUCUUCUGCCUCUGUGCCGCCCCCGCGCGACGAUUCACAGUCUAUGCAGCUCGACGCUUCCGAACGCGACUCUUCAUCCUCGGAUCCGGCCCGAGAAGAGCAGCGGCUGCGUGCCCUUUCAUGGACCCAUCAACAGCGUGCGGCUCGCCGAGUUGAUAGCGAUAAAUACUCCGCGUCGUCGGAACAAGUUAAGAUGAGCGCCGAGGAUGGAGAUGACGAUGACCAUAUGGAUCUGUCCUCUCAGGAUCGUUCCCAGGGCACUUCAUCUGGCUCUGGCCAGCCCGUUCUCCACACCGAGAGCUCAGCGAGCACUCGCAAAGUAUCAAACGACGACCAAGCAUCAUCCCAAGCAGUCUCAAGACGCCCCGGUUGGCAUUCUCUCAUGAUCGAAGCCGGUGGUAUCAGCGCUGCUGUGAGCGAUGAGAGCAUGCGCAAGCUCAAGUACUGCCUCGAAUGGCUACAGUGGGCAACUGCAAAUCUCGACACCCAGAUUACGCUUUUAGAGACAUUUAUCGCUUCGAUCAAUGCCACUGUCACGGGUGAGCCCGUACCCUCCUCGGCCACAGUCUCUCCAGAGGCCCUCAAGCACUACAUGAGUGUCAAGCGAAAUGUCGUUAAUACUAUUCGCCAAGUCGUCGAGGUCGUGGGUAAAUACGCCGGAGGUUCCUUGCCAGAACCAGCAAAGAACAAGGUCAAGGGCUUCAUCCUAAGUCUCCCCGGCCGUUGGAGCGUUGCCGUCAAGGAUGCCGGCCUCGGUGAGGGCUGGGAGGGAGGAUCUAAUAAUGGUGAUUCAAAUGGAAAUCCAACUCCGAAUGCACCCGACAGCGCAACCGCGACAGGACGAGCAACUGCGUCUACGUCGAAUCCUCGCAAGAGGCAUCGACUCGAAGCAUCCUCACAGUCCCUUGCCUCUGAAGCGACCACAGGUAGCAGCGCGACGAUUAUAGGCAGCUCAAUCGGCGCUGGUCCUAGUAGCACCAGCCUUGCCUCGAGCACGCACGAUGUGCCUGCGCCUGUUACGUCUCCGACACUUUCUCAUGCCACUCCUGGCGGGCGACGUCAGCAGCUCUUGCCUCCCACAGCUGGAGCGGCAAGGCAUGCUGCCCAUCGCGUCCUCACGCUCGCCCAAGAGAGUCUUCACGCCGUCAAGGGUGUCACAGGCGUCUUCAAGGAUACAUUAGAUCGUGCAGAGACCUGGGUGGACCGCCUCCGACGAGUCGGAUACCAGUCGAAUCGCUACAUGGACGAUUCCGACCACAGUACGAGCAAUAGCAUAUCAUCCUCACGCCUUCUCCGUCCUCCACACAAAGGCAUCCCCCAAUCUCCCUCAGUGCCACUCUCGCCAGCCGUCUCUUCGCCGCGGUCGCCGAUGGAACGACGAAGAAUGCAAAUGACACCGCGCGAGCUUCAUCUAGAAGCACUCGCGCGUUCAAUGCCGAGCGUUGGCCCAUACGGACCGUAUGGAACCGGAACAACGCCGCCAAUGUCCCCCGUCCUCGGCCCGCAAGGAUCGACAAAUCGCCAGAAUGCAUUUCCAUUUGAUAACCCGGCACCUGGAGCGCCUGGGUACGGAUGGGUUGGUGGGCGUAGAAAGAGCGAUAGUGGGCUGAGUGCCGUGCCCACGCUCAAUCUUAGCGAAACGGGAUACAGUGGACGAUCUCGUGCGGGGAGUAUGAGUCAGUACGAGAGUAGUACCGGCGAGAGUUUACCCCCUCCGAGUGUGGGCAGCACGAGCAGUGUUGCUGGUGACGAUGAACUCGAUGACGAGGCGGAUGAUUCUGCGCGUAGGGUACGCGUUGCUAAUCCUGAUUCGGUCAAGGAUGUUGAUGAGGACGAUGGCAUGGAGUACCGCGUCAGGAAGAGACGACGAAAGGAGGAGGAGAUGCAGUGA